AUGAAUAUCUUCAGCUACCAAAGCAAAGCUUGCUUAGGAUCCGAUAUAAUUGCUAAUUUCAUGGCUGAAGAUGAACCUAGAACUAACAGUACUAUUAAUGAGGAGGGACCCAGCUCCAAGGAUAACAAUCAAGAGCAAGAAGAACCGGAUAAAGGUUGGCUUCAACUCAGUAUAGGGGGUCAGACUCAGGCAGAAACAACAACAUAUGAUGAAUAUGAUCACAAACACGGCCAUUACGAUCCGGCUACCAGACGAGGAGGGUCGAUGUUGAUGGAGCUCGAUCUAUUAGCCGGUGGUGGUUCACAGUUACAGCAACAAGCAAGGCCAUUAUCCCCUAUUUUUUACACCCCCGAGUUUGGUGUUCCGCCACGUCCAACGGUUAUGCAUAGUUUUAGUACUUUAUUCUUUCGACGACACCAGCAAGGAAGUAGCUCCAUGAUCCCUCAUCAUGGGGAGAUUAACAGGGCAUUUAAACCGAUAACACCGACUUCAUCUUCUUCGUUGGCGCCCUAUUUUGGCAGACCAAUGGAUGUUGCCGGGCCGAGCUCGGAGGUUCGAAUCAUUGAUCCUCCGAGGAGGCCCCAUUCUGGCAUUUGGUUUAUGCUACAAGCAUCGCACAAUCAGGAAAAAGAACCGUUCUUGCCUCAAAUCCCUAAGAGUUAUCUGAGAAUCAAGGACGGCAAGAUGGCAGUGCGGGUGAUAAUGAAGUAUCUGGCUAACAAGCUGAGACUGGAUAGCGAAUCAGAGAUAGAGAUAAGAUGUGAAGGGCAACUGCUUGAACCAGGGUUGACGUUGCAGCAUGUAAGGGAUCAAAUAUGGAGUUCAAGACAAGCUCUUGAUUUUCCUCCCCAUUAUACUUCAACACCACCUGAUAUUAAUAAUAAUAAUCUCAUGGGAAGAUUGAAUCGAGGUAGAUUUGCUUCAAUGCUCUUCAGGGAAGAUCAAAUAUGUGCUCCGCUUUUCUUCAGGGGAAGAUCAAAUAUGCUAAAAGGGAUCUGCUCCGCUGCUCUUCAGGGUAGAUCAGAUUUGAAAACUUUGAUUCACUUCACAGCUCUUCAGAGAAGAUUGAAUCGAUGUGGAUUUGUUCUAUUGCUAUUCAGGGAUGAUCAAAUAUGA